CCUGAGUGAGAGUUUGUAACGAAUAGAAAUGGCAUUCAGUCUGACUACGUCGAACAUGUUCGGCGAACUUGGUCGGUUCGCCAGUUGGUUCAAAGGCGACUGCAUCGCACCUGAAGAGUACAGCGGCCUUGCAGUUACUGAAAAGUUGGAGAAUGUCCAAAUGCUGGACAAAUACAAUCUACGGAACCCGUCCAAAGGAACACUGUACUUCGCCACCACACAUCUCAUAUUUGUAGACCAUGAAAUGAGAAAAGAGACAUGGAUCCUCCUCAUGCACAUAUCGUCGGUGGAGAGGCUGCCCAUCACCACGACGGGCUCACCGCUGCUGGUGCGGACCAAGACCUUCCAGUCCGUGUUCUUCGUCAUACCACGCGAGCGGGACUGCCAUGAGAUGCAUCAAACUCUGCUCAGGCUGAGUCAACCUGUUAAUCUAGAUGAGCUGUACUGUUUCCACUACAAGUCUACGCCGGAUGAUCUGCCGAAGUCUGCCGGAUGGAACUUCUUCGACAUCCAGACUGAGUACCAGAGGAUGAACGUGCCCAACGAUCAGUGGGUCUUAUGUACCGCUAACAAAGACUAUGAGCUCUGCGACACGUACCCCAGCGAGGUUUACGUACCGGCACGCGCGUCGAGCGCCGUGCUGCUAGGCAGUGCCAGCUUCCGGUCGCGAGGCCGUCUGCCCGUGCUAGCGUACCUGCACCACAACAACGCGGCCAUCGCGCGCUGCAGCCAGCCGCUUAGUGGCUUCGCGGCGAGAUGUAUGGAAGAUGAACAAAUGUUGGACCUCAUACGGCGAGCGAAUCCCAACUGCGGUUAUAUGUAUGUGGUGGACACGAGGCCAAAGAUAAACGCGAUGGUGAACCGCGCGGCCGGCAAGGGCUAUGAGAACGAGGCGUUCUACGACAACAUCAAAUUCCAGUUCAUUGGCAUCGGGAACAUCCACGUCAUGCGCAAGAGUCUGCAGAAACUGGUCGAGACUUGCGAACAAAAUUCACCGACAAUGUCUUCCUUUUUGAGCGGUUUGGAGUCAUCGGGUUGGCUCAAACACAUAAAGUCGAUAUUAGACGCGUCGUGGUGGAUAGCGAAAGCCAUAGAGUGCGGCGUGAGCGUGUGCGUGCACUGCAGCGACGGCUGGGACCGCACCGCGCAGGUGUGCUCGCUGGCCGCCGUCUGCCUCGAGCCGCACUACCGCACCAUCAACGGCUACCAGGCGCUGAUAGAGAAGGACUGGCUGUCGUUCGGGCACAAGUUCACGGCGCGCUGCGGGCACGUGGCGUGCGACAGUCGCGAGCGCUCGCCGGUGUUCACGCAACUGCUGGACUGCACGUGGCAGCUGUUGCGACAGGCGCCAGAGGCGUUUCAAUUCAACGAGCGGUUUCUGUUGACGCUACACGACCACGCGCACGCGUGUCAGUACGGCACUUUUAUUGGCAACUGCGAGAAAGACAGGCGAGACCUAAGGUUAUGGGAACGAACGUUCUCUCUAUGGGGUUACAUGGCCAGCCAUCUCAAUGAGUACAAGAAUCCGCUCUAUAACCCAAAGGCUCAUCCCGAUGUGCUGAAGCCUGACUUGAGCCCGCAGAGCAUAAGGUUCUGGCGAGGAAUGUACUGUCGCCACGAGAGCGGCAUCCACCCGAGAGAGUCACUCGCCGACAUACUGCCGGCUGCCGUGGAGCAUUCUGGAGCUUUGACCCACCAUAUCGAUUAUCUUGCUAAGAGGAUAUCAACUUUCAAAAGUCUUUUGUCUGGGCGCAAGGCGGACAAAAGCAAGGAGUCGGCCGUCGUCAACUACCAGAACGGUAGCGACAACACCGAGAUCGACACCAAAGUGGAAGCGCUACAGAUUGAUAACAAACUACUGUAUGAGUGUAGUGGCAAUCUCACAGAGCUGGAGUGUGCCAAUGACGACCAUCCUCUGAAGGACGUCGGCACCGCGGCGCCCACUGGCAAGAUACCGCUCAUUACUGAGAAGGCGGAUGCAGCUGUGCCCGCCACGCUGGCGCAGCUGGAGUCGGAGAUCAACACGGUGGCGCUCGACUGGAAGAGCCUCAAGAACGUCACCGAGUGCAGCUGCUCCACCCCGCUCGACCACUUCAGUAGAAAGCACCACUGCUGGGGCUGCGGGCGCUGCGUGUGCACGCGCUGCGUGAGUGCGCGCGCGCCGCUGCCUGCACUUGCAGCGCCGCGCGCCGUGCCGCUGUGCGCCGCGUGCGCGCCCACCACGCCCGCCACGCCCACCUCGCCCACCUCACCUCCACACAAUUUAGUGACGCCUGCUACAUAAGACUAUGUUGCCUUGUCGGUGUGAUGACUUACCUCUGCCCUUCCUGCAAGGUCCAGGGUUCGAUUACUUCUAAAUCAACGCUUGUCCAGGCUUCCUCCAAACCUAUAUGAUAUCUACUGAAAUAACAUUGUUCCAUAUGCCGUCUCUAAUAAUUAAGAGUAAUUGAUUGAAGACUUCGCUUUUGGCUGCCCUAGGACACAUUUGGACGCUAGGAUGCAUUCGGAUGACCUAGUCCUAGGACGCAUGUGGACGCCCUAAUACACAAUUGAACACCCUAAUACACAUUUGAACACCCUAAGAUGCAUUUGUACUCCUUGGGACGCAUUUGGACACCCGAGGAUGAAUUCGUCGCCCUAGGAUGCAUUUGAACGCCCAAGGAUGCAUUCGGACUCCCUAGGAUGCAUUCGGGCUACUUAGGAUGCAUUCAGACGCCCAAGGAUGAAUUCGUCGCCCUAGGAUGCAUUUGAACGCCCUAAGAUGCAUUUGUAUUCCCUAGGACGCAUUUGAACGCCCGAGGAUAAAUUCGUCGUCCUAGGAUGCAUUUGAACGCCCUAGGAUGCAUUCGGCAUACCUAGCCCUAUGACGCAUUUGGACGCUCUAGUACACAUUUGAUCACCCUAAGAUGCAUUUGUACUCGUUAGGACGCGUUCGGACGCCCGAGGAUGAAUUCGUCGCCCUAAGAUGCAUUCGGACACCCUAGAAUGCAUUGGGACGUCCUAGCCCUAGGACGCAUUUGGACGCCCUAGUACACAUUUGAACACCCUAAGAUGCAUUUGUACUUCUUAGGAUGCAUUUAGACGCCCGAGGAUGAAUUCGUCGCCCUAGGAUGUAAUUGAACGCCUUAGGAUGCAUUUGUACAACUGUGAAUUUAUUUGGUAGCCUUCCAAACGUGUCCAAAACUGUAUGUACUACCAAAUAACCAAUUAGUACACUUAUAAAAUUUUGUAUAAUUUGUAAAUACUCGUAACUUUAUUACCAUUUUUUGUAAUUAUGUAUAUUUUUUCUCUUAGUUAAAUAUUUUAAAUUUCGUAAAACAUAAUUAAUUAGCCUAAUAAUUUAGAAAACCCAUAUUUAAUGAAAAUAACAAAUAAUCAGAGUUUAGUCCAAUUCAAAUAUUAAGUCGUUUCGGAAAAUAGCUGUGGUGCUCUGGGUAUCGGGCGGGGUAAUGCCCUGCCAUGUGUUCCCGAUUAUACCUAAAAUUUUGCAUGGCGAAACGCCAAGUUUGGAUCGUACUGUUAAUUAAUUUAUUUUUUAUCAAUUUAAAUUAGCUUCACCAAAAUUUUGAUUAGUAGUUUUUAUUAGGCAAUCCAUAAUGUAUUUAUAAUUGCAUUGCAUUCCGGAUAGCAUUUUUAAGAAGACAGCUGAAUUUUUAUUUACAUAUUUAUUGUAAAAUGUAUUAAAAUGACAAUUGUACAAAUACCCUGUAAUAAGUUAAUUAAAUGUAUGUAAUUA